CGUCGAUCAGCAGGCGCCAACCCCCGCACAUCUCCUCCGCCCUCUCUUCCUCCACCAGCUCCCCAUCCAUCCACCCACCCGCCCGCCCUCACCGAGCUCCAGCAACUCCCACCACCCACCAUGGCCGCCGCCGCCGCCACCGCCGCCGCCGUCCGCCUCCCCUUGGCCGCCACGCGACGCGCCGCCGCGCGCCGGCCGGCGCGCCUCGCGGUGCGCGCGGACGCCGCGCGGGCGGCCACGGCGCUGACCCAGGACGACCUCAAGCGGCUCGCGGCGGUGCGCGCGGUGGAGCAGGUGCAGAGCGGCAUGGUCCUGGGGCUCGGGACCGGGUCCACGGCCGCCUUCGCCGUCGCCGAGAUCGGCGCGCUCCUUGCCACCGGCAAGCUCUCCGGCAUCGUCGGUGUGCCCACCUCCAAGCGCACCUUCGAGCAGGCCAUGUCGCUCGGCAUCCCCCUCUCCACCCUCGACGACCACCCCGUCAUCGACCUCGCCAUCGACGGCGCCGACGAGGUCGACCCAGAUCUUAACCUCGUCAAAGGGCGGGGAGGAGCCCUUCUCCGGGAAAAGAUGGUGGAAGCAGCAUCAGGAAAAUUCGUCGUCGUCGUCGACGAGACGAAGCUAGUUACCGGCCUGGGCGGCAGCGGUCUCGCCAUGCCGGUGGAGGUUGUGCAGUUCUGCUGGAAGCACAAUCAAGUAAGGCUGCAGGGCCUGUUCAACGAGGAAGGUUGCGAGGCGAAGCUGAGGCUGAAUGAGGACGGCAAGCCCUACGUUACCGACAACUCGAACUACAUUGUCGAUUUGUACUUCAAGACGCCGAUCAGGGACGCGGUGGGCGCGGGCAUGGAGAUUGCGGCCUUGGAGGGAGUUGUCGAGCAUGGCUUGUUCUUGAACAUGGCAACUUCAGUCAUCAUUGCUGGAUCGGACGGUGUCAGUGUCAAAACAAAGUGAGUUUUUUUUUGGGGGGGGUCAGCUACCUGUUGUUCAUGUGUUGGGUAAAGGUAAGUUUACGAUUUUUCAAUGAACAGGCUAUCUGUGUAAAAGAAGGAAAUAAUGUUCUUCUAUAAAUCUCUUUCUUUCUA